AUGCACAACGAUUUCACCGUGUCCAAUUGUAUUGUUAACAACGAUGCAAUUGUGGGGCUUAUUGAUAUCCAAUUCUUCUGGGAAGAGUAUCGUCGGUUCUGGGCCCAGCCGCAGUCGACCUCGACCCAUUUCUUGAUGAAGCUGGUUUUGAUACUCGCCCUGGGCACCACAUUUUACCCAGACCGAAGCAAUAGGAUGCAUCUCCGCCGUCUCGCACACACGUGGAUCUAUGCCGUACAAUGGUGGCUAGUCGGGCCAUCGGAAAAGUCGACCGUCAAUCUGGAUGGCCUGCAAGUUGGUUGUCUCUUAUUGCUGGCCCGCCAGACAAACAGCCUUCCAGGCACGAGCUGGCUCUCCGCAGGGUCCGUGCUACGCAUGGCCAUGGCGAUGGGACUGCUCCGCUCUCCUGAACUCUUUCCCGUGCUGUCCGUGUACCAGUCCGAAAUGCGAGCUCGACUCUGGGCGACGGUGCUGGAACUGACGUUACUUUCGAUGCUAGAUGCUGCCAUGCCCUUACCGUUUUCCCUACAGGACAUUGACUGCACGGCGCCGUCGAAUCUGGACGACGAGCAGUUCGGCCCUGAGACCGAGAUGCUUCCCACCCCGCAGUCGAGUAAGCGCCUUACCGACUCGUCCAUUCAGGUUCUACUGUUCAAGUCUCUCCCCGUGCGAGUGGAAGUGGUCUGGCUUCUGAACAACCAGCACCAUCAGGAACUGUCAUACGAAACCGCAUUAAGGCUGGGAAAUGAAUUGCGCUCGGCGUGCCGCGAUCUUGCCUCCUUUUUCGGCACCAGUCGGAAUCAGUCGAGGCAUGCGGGCCGCACUCCAGGCAUGACCAACUUCCAUCUUCGGUUUCUUGACACGUACCUACGUCGAUAUAUUUUGUUCCUGUAUCGCCCUUUCAUGAUCCAGGCUCGCAAAGACCCACGGUUCUAUCUGUCCCGGAAGUUGUGUCUGGAAUCCUGCAUCGUGGUUGCAUCGUAUGCCGAUCAUCUCAAUCUACCCUCAGACGCCUUAGAUGACCUCUCUCACCUGACCAUUGUAGGUAGAGGCUCUUUUAAAGGAGCCUUAAGUUUCGAUGUGAUUACCUCUCUGGGGCUAGAAAUUAUUACACAACUCGAGGAGGAGGCUUCGACGCGGCCCUUAGGAUCUUCUCCCCCAUUUGUCGCCGAUUCCAUGGAUGAAUUAGCCAAGGCCCAUCGAGCGCCCUUGAUCCGGAGCCUAGAGCACAUUCAAGAGCAGCUGCUGCAGAUUAUCGCGCUUGGAAACCCCAGUCUGAAGCGAUACAACUUUUUAUCGGCCAUUUUGAGCCAGAUCCGUGCAAUGGAGUCGGGCCAGCCGAUCCAACCCGCCAUUUACGAGACCAUUAAAGAAAGCCUUAAAAACUGCUAUGUCUUGCUGGAGGCCUCUCACACAGCCAGUUCGCCGCAGGAUUCGGUUGAGUCGCUGACUACGGGGCCAGACAGUCUUCCAGGUUUUGAUCUGGAUGCUCUAGUAAGUAUUAUUUUUCCUUUUCCCUUAUUUUCCCUUACAUUUCUUCUUCCUUCUCCACCUCCCUCAUUUUACGUUCUUGCCGUCGGACUUACAGUUUAG